AGAUUUAAUGUGAGGGAUAAGAAUUGAAUCAAAAAAAGGAAUCGAAAAACAAAACAACAUGUUUGGCGAAGUGUGUAGUAACUUCACGUACAAUUUCCAUUGGAAUAACGAAACAUAUACGUUUGAUCAUGAGC